AAACCGAUUAGGAAAGGCCUAUUAGCCAAAACGGCUAUCAUAUUCGGAAUCAGCAUGAUCGAUUACCUAUAAGCUACCGCAUUUCGUUAGAAAAGCGAUUUGACAGUUGGAUAUGUUCCCUCGUGAGCCUUUUCGACCGGAUUUUUACGACCAUAAAACGAGGCAGACAGAAAUCGAUUUGCUGACGUAUCAAUAGUUUAAUAAGCAACAUACCGAGGGGAUGUUAGCAAAAUAAGAGUGAAAUGUGAUUAUUAUUAAAUAUGGCGCACAGGAAUGAAUAAAAUAAAGCAAUUCGAUCGAUCGAACAAACAACAACACUGGAUAUAGUAUAGAGCGGAUGCUGAAAAUGUAGUGUUCAAAGAUAUUUUUUUUUGGUGAUUAAAAGUACAUUUACUCUAUAUUAAAUAUUCUCAACGGAUGUAAUAUUACUAGAUCACAUAAUUCUUUCUCUAAUUGUUUAGUGACAUAAUCUUACACUUGUAUGUACACUGGAUAAUUUGCAUAUAUAAUUUAACUUAGAAUGUUUGGCGCUAAGCCAUAUUUUCUACUCCUAUAUGAAUUAAUAUAAUACAUUUAAACGCAUUUUAGAUAUCGUUCGAAUCACAAUAUCGUAUGGACUUAAGUGCACAUAUACGUGACAUAUGGAUCGCUGUUGGCGUUUUAAGUGGUCUCGGUUUGCUCCUAGCAUUUGCACAGGCAUGGGCCUGGCAAAGCCGAUCAGGAAAAGAAAUAAUUGAUUUACAAGUAAGAAUAACUCCAAAGGUAUAAUUAGACUCUUUACUAUAAGAUUCAGAUUAAAUUUUUUGAUCAUAAAAUUGAAAUAUUCAGACUGUCGAUAAGAAAUUCUUGGUGUUUUAGAACUAAAAGCAUAUUCAAAAGCAGAAAAAUAUUAGCAAACUUGUUUAACAAACAUAUACUUAAUAUUUUUAAAAGAUUUUUUUCUCAGAACGUUAGUUUACACUUCAAAGACAGUAAAAGUAUCGACUUUGAAAAUCGAAUAACUUUCUCAUUUCAGUCGAUAUUAACAUUUGUUCUAUAUCUAUGCGGUAUACUUGGUGCCGUAUUUUUUAUCGUCAUGGCCGGUGUGUCAUUAUGGUGGCUAAUAUUCUAUAAAGUAGGUAGAGUACUGUGAGAUAAAAAGAGUCAGUGCACGAAAUUUUCUUCGUAAUUUCACUAUUUCUCAUCCAUUUUUAAUUGAACAAAUUCGAUAUUAACUACGUUGGUAGAGACGGUAAUUAUGUACACACUAGUGCAAAAAAUUGAUGU